GAUCAAUUAUUAGAUACUACUACAUAGUUUACUAACUCAUUACAUAUAUUUUCUCGCUAAAAAGCGUCUCCCUCAGUAGUCAGCCUCUCUCAGCUUCAAUGGCCGGCGGCGGGGGCGACAACUUUCCGCCACGGUCUCCGCCUCCUGACGGCGGGGAGUUUCUCCUCCAGCUUCUACAGAAACCACCUCACCAGCCCCCAACACUGCCGCAUCAAAUUCGACAGCCACCGUCCUCCGCCGCCACGCCACAGCCUCCGUCUCCGGCCCAAAAUCUCUCUCACGAUCCGGCUGUGGCAGCUGUGGGCCGUUCGCUCCCCUUGCCUCCAUUUCAAUCCAACGGUCACGAUCUUCCCUACAAUCGUCCGACUCCUUUUCGUCACCCUCCACUCCCCUUGCCUCCAUUUCAAUCCAACGGUCACGAUCUUCCCUACAAUCGUCCGACUCCUUUUCGUCACCCUCCACCUUUCGCACCUCACAACUUCUUCCCCCAAGGGUUUCCCCAAAACCCUAGCCCUAUCCCUAACCCUAGCCCUAGCCCUAGCCCUAGCCACAGCCACAAUUUCCAAUUCAAUCGCCAGCUUUUAACUGACGACAUCCGAAAACUAGGGUUUUCAGAGCCGGUUCAUCGCCAUGAGCAAAAACUCAUGUUUGGCUCAUUCCCUUGCGAAAUUCGGAAUAACGAGGGUGUGUCUGAUAGUAAUAUGCUUAGAAAUAUAGCUCCAGCAGCUAAAAUCGAUGGUUUGUCGUCUAAAGAGAGAGAAAUUGGUGAAGGGAAUAGGGGAAUCAAUGGUUUGGAGGUUGAUUUUCAAAAUUUUCCCAAUAUUAGUCGAAACCCCAGGUCCAAUUCAAAUGCUUUUCAGAAUCAAGAGCCAGAACGAAGAAAUAGUGGCAGCGGCGGGAGGUGGGGGAACUCAUCAUCCGAAGUAAGACGGCCACCUCCAGGGUUUUCAAGCAAGCCGAGUAAUAUAGGGAAUUGGGAUUCUGGGAAAAAGAGGAGUUUUAAGCAUAAUGUGGAUAGAGAAAGGAGUAGUUUUGGUGAUCUGAGCUACGGGGCUUCUACUUCAAAGAAUGAGGGUACGAGAGAAAAAAGAUUGUUGCCUGAAAAUAGAAAAAUUGGUGGUGAUUUGGUGGCUGAAAGGAAGCUAAGUAGUAAGCUUGAUUACCCUGGUCCACCGGCUGGAAGUAACCUUCACUCUGUUUCAGCAUCUGACAUUGAAGAGUCUUCAAUGGAAUUACACGGUGAGAUUGGUGAAAAUGGGGAAAAACCCAGGUACAGGUUGGAGGAGAAUAUGAGGAGGGGUGGUGGUCCUGGUCAAAGUGAAUUAAAUGAUUCGGAUGAGCGGAUUUUGGGUUCUUCAGAAAUAGAGGAUGGGUCUGAUGACAAGAAAGAUAGAAAGCAACAUAAAAAUUCUCGUGAUAAGGAUUACAGAUCAGAUACAAGAGGACAAAUGCUUCUUGGUCAGAGGAUGAGGAACUCUAAACGACAGAUUGAAUGUCGUAGAGAUAUAGAUAGGCUAAAUGCUCGUUUCCUUGGAAUUUAUGAGUCCUUAAUACCACCAGACGAAGAAAAGGUGAAGCAAAAGCAGCUGGUAACGUUAUUGAAGAAACUUGUUAUUAAAGAAUGGCCUGAAGCUGAGUUGUACAUCUACGGAUCAUGUGGCAACUCAUUUGGGGUUUCGAAAAGUGACAUUGAUGUUUGCCUGGCAAUUGAGGAUCUAGAUGUUAAUAAGUCUGAGGUUUUGUUGAAGUUGGCUGAUAUAUUGCAGUCAGAUAAUCUUCAGAAUGUGCAGGCUUUGACACGUGCUAGGGUUCCCAUUGUGAAGCUUAUGGAUCCAGUCACUGGAAUCUCCUGUGACAUAUGCAUCAACAACUUAUUGGCUGUUGUAAAUACAAAGCUUCUGCGGGAUUAUGCAAAAAUAGAUGCCAGAUUGAGGCAGUUGGCAUUUAUUGUAAAGCACUGGGCGAAAUCAAGAGGAGUUAAUGAAACUUAUCGAGGAACACUAUCUAGCUAUGCGUAUGUCUUAAUGUGCAUUCAUUUCUUACAACAGCGUAAACCUGCUAUCCUUCCAUGCUUACAGCUUGUGCCUUGCCAGGGAAUGGAGAUAACCUAUGCUGUUACUGUUGACAAUGUUGAAUGUGCUUAUUUUGAUCAAGUUGAAAAACUUUCCAGUUUUGGCUCACGCAAUAAGGAAAGUAUUGCUCAAUUGGUAUGGGCGUUCUUCAAUUAUUGGGCUUACUGGCAUGAUUAUGCAAAUGAUGUUUUAUCUGUUCGAACAGGAAGCGUACUCAGCAAGCGGGGCAAAGACUGGACUAGGAGGAUUGGUAAUGACCGUCAUUUGAUAUGCAUAGAAGAUCCCUUCGAGACUUCUCAUGAUCUGGGUCGAGUGGUGGACAAGUUUAGCAUAAGAGUCCUGAGAGAGGAAUUCGAGCGAGCUGCAGAAAUCAUGCAGUAUGAUCCCGAUCCUUGCGUAACGCUCUUUGAGCCAUAUGUUCCUAUUUGACUUGCCCUAUUUUUCAGCACAAUAUGGUUUGUAUUUCUGGUGUUGGGUAUUUUAUAGUGUUGCUGACCUAGCUUGUAAAUUUCUCUUCAUCAUUUCUUCUUCUUGCUUUUGUUUUGUUCAUAUAUAUAUGAAUGUGUAUGUAUAUUUUAGUGGUUUUGACUUUUAUUUUGAUGUACAUUGUAAUGAACUGUUUUAUGCAGCAGUAAUGCUAUGUGCACAAAAUUCAUGCAUAGAAA